AUGUAGCGCUAAACAAGGCGGAAGUGAAGCAUGUAAAUCAGUAACAGGUUGAGAGCGACAUGUACAAGUAGCGAAUCUAACGGUCUGACAUACUGUAGACAUUUUGUUUUAUUAAUUACUAGACAACAACAUUUAGUCAGAAUGAUUUGGUUUACUUGCGUGACGGUGUUUUUGUUGAGCGCUUUGGUCGAAGGAGCGGAGAAGAAAGAGGGAGAUGACGAAUGGGUUAAUCUCCCCAAUAAAUGUGAAGUGUGUAAGUUUGUGAGUAUCGAGAUGAAGUCUGCCUUUGACGAGACGGGGAAAACCAAGGAAGUCAUUGAGAGGAACUACCGUUUCCUUGACAACAACAAGGGAGCUCCGCCAAUCAAAUAUGUCAAGUCAGACAUCCGUUUCAUUGAGGUUGUGGAGAAUGUGUGUCAGAGGCUCUCUGGCUACAACCUACACAAGGAGAGGGAGGGCAGCAACCGCUUUGCCAAGGGCAUGUCUGAGACCUUCUCUACCCUGCAUGGGCUGGUCCAUAAGGGGGUGAAGGUCGUGAUGGACAUCCCCUAUGAGCUCUGGAACGAAACCUCCGCAGAGGUCGCCGAUCUCAAGAAGCAGUGUGAUGUUAUGGUAGAGAAGUAUGAGGAGGUUAUUGAGGACUGGUACAAAGGCAGUCAGGAGGAAGAUCUCACCACCUACCUCUGUGAGAAACACGUUCUGAAGGGACAGGACACCGCCUGCCUGAAAGAGGAGUACUCAAAGAAGGGAGACGUGGCAGCCAUCUCCGAGGAGAAGAAGAAGAAGAAAAAGAAGGGAGGUGGGAAAAAGAAGAGCAAAGACGUGGGAGGAAGUGACGGUGGCAGCCAGGAAGGAGAGAAGACCAUGAAUAAAAAGGUAAAGGCGGUGUCACCGGAGAAGAAGAGCGUGGGGGUCUCGUCUGACGAAGACAUCCAGCGAAAGGUGGCUCUGCCUGGGAAGAACACGGAGCUGUGAGACCCUGGAUGAAUGUAGGGACGGAACCCUGUGCUGCGUCCCAAGUGGCACCCUAUUCCCUAUGUAGUGCACUACUUUGGCCCCUAUAGGCCCUGGUCUAAAGUAGUGCACUGCCUUUGGCCCCUAUAGGCCCUGGUCUAAAGUAGUGCACUGCCUUUGGCCCCUAUAGGCCCUGGUCUAAAGUAGUGCACUGACUUUGGCCCCUAUAGGCCCUGGUCUAAAGUAGUGCACUGACUUUGGCCCCUAUAGGCCCUGGUCUAAAGUAGUGCACUGACUUUGGCCCCUAUAGGCCCUGGUCUAAAGUAGUGCACUGCCUUUGGCCCCUAUAGGCCCUGGUUUAAAGUAAUGCACUGCCUUUGGCCCCUAUAGGCCCUGGUCUAAAGUAGUGCACUGACUUUGGCCCCUAUAGGCCCUGGUCUAAAGUAGUGCACUGACUUUGGCCCCUAUAGGCCCUGGUCUAAAGUAGUGCACUGCCUUUGGCCCCUAUAGGCCCUGGUUUAAAGUAAUGCACUGCCUUUGGCCCCUAUAGGCCCUGGUUUAAAGUAGUGCACUAAAUAGGGUGCCGUUUGGGACGCUGGGUGACUGAUGGGGUUGGAACGGACGACAUACAGGACCCGUCUUUCCACUCCCCUUCCAUUUUUAUCUCGAGGUGAUUACCUGAUUUUGAAUUAGCCUCUUCCUCCCAUUUCCUCUCCUCUUCCUCCCAUCUUUGAUUUUCCAUCAUCAUUCCAUAUUUUCUUCUGUUCUAAACGUUUGGUGGUCAGUCUUCAUUAGUCUGCAGAAUUCUGGAUGGAGCUGUCAGUGUUGACAAUAGUUCUGAGCCUGUGGUCCUUCUGGCUGGUUGUGGAGCUGUCAGUAGUAAAGUCUCGACCUACUAGUAUCGGCUACUGAAUAUAUAUGGUUGUGUGUGUUCGUGGUUCACAUUCUUGUUGCUUUUGUUACAUGUGUGUUCCUUGGAUUUUUCUAUACAAAUAAAAAAUAUGCUUUUUCAAUAUGCUCCAUCUCCCUGCUCUCAACAACUGAAAGGAGUUUUGUAAAAAAAAAAAAAAAAAUGUUUUAUAUAUAAUUUUAACGUAGAACCAACCGGUCAUGAAGUGAAUCAAUAUAUUGGUACGAUAUGUAUCAACCAGAAUGUUUAGUAAGACUUUUUUUUUAUCAAAUGUGAAAUGUUUUAAAAAGAGAUUUAAAUUUAAUGUAGAUUUAUUUUCGUCUCUUUUUGUUCGAUUUGUUGUUGUUGACGACUGGAUUUCAGUUUCUGGAUUUUGUUGUUUUGAAGAGAUGUGUGUUGUCUCAGGUGUAUGAAGCUGCUAUUCAUAGUGUGAGAGAGACCUGUAUGUUUUUUAAGACUGGUCAUGUGACGUGUGUGUGUGAGAAAGAACCUGUGUGUGUGUGUGUGUGUGUGUGUGUGUGUGUAACUGAACUGUUAUCAGACCAGUCAAAACGUCAAGGUGUUUCAAUAAACCUCCUGCUAUUGAAAA